GGUUCAGUAUUUGCCGUAUUUCGUAACAUUUGCUUUAUAUAAGACCCUGUUUCCAGUGUCCAACCGUGCAUAUCACCUGAAUUCACAGCUGUGUUAGUGUGUCUUAAGAGUGCAAAAUCUAUCUCAUCAUGCCUGAGUUACCUACAGAAGAGUUCCAAAAUUUCUUGGACCAAAAUCAAUAUACAGAGACCGGUAUUCUGAGAUACGAGAAGAUUUUUGGCAGAGGAUUCGUUAGCACUGGAGGUUUAGAAACUACAAAGGAAUUUGUGGGACUUUUAGACUUGAAACCUGGCCAGAAAGUUCUUGAUGUUGGCUGUGGAAUUGGAGGGAGUGCCUUUUACAUGUACAAAAAUUAUGGCGUAGAUGUGCUUGCAGUUGAUCUUUCAACAAACAUGAUUAGAAUUGGGCAAAGAAGAGCACAGGAAGAAAAGUGUGCAGAUAACGUGAAAUUUGCUAUUGUUGACAUCACAACAGCAAAUUACAAGCCAGAAUCAUUUGACGUGAUAUACAGCAGAGAUACCAUUCUACACAUCGCUGAUAAGGAAACACUCUUUACCAAUUUUCUGAAAUGGCUCAAACCAGGAGGACAGCUACUUAUAUCAGACUAUAACCGGGGCGAACAAGAACCUUCAGAUAGAUUUAAAGCUUACGUAAAACAGCGCAACUAUCAACUCGUAACAAGAAAGGAGUAUGGGAAGAUCUUAGAAAAAGUUGGGUUCACACAAGUUAAAGCUGAAGAUAAAACGGAGAUGUUUAAGGGUGUAUUGAACAGAGAACUUAAUGAGACUAAAGCAAUACAAGAUGAGUUUAUUAAAGAGUUCACUCAAAAGGAUUAUGAUGACAUUGUUGGAGGAUGGUCUAGCAAACUUGUACGCAUUGCUGAUGGAGAUCAGAAGUGGGGUCUUUUCCGUGGAGUCAAACCACAGCAAUAAAUACAUACACAUAUGCCAAAAUAUACCAUAAUAUGAACAAACAAUGAUGACAAUGACACACAGGAAGUAAAAUUCCUUUUUGUGUCUAUUCAUAAAGCAUUUCCAACCACAAUCAAACGAAAACAUGCUCCAAAGACCAGUAACAAUCACAAGAUAUUUUAAAUGAGUCUUAAAUUUUAAUAAAAGCUAUCGCAAUAAUGAUGGUCAAAAAA